AUGUUCGUCAAGCCAAGACCCAAGAAGAGUCUUCUACCGCCGCCGUCGAAGAAGCGAAAAUCGACAUCCGCCGUCGAAGAAGUCAGUUUCGACAAUGAUGCGCGCCAUGAAUACCUGACGGGAUUCCACAAGCGAAAGCAGCAGCGGAUUAAGAAUGCCCAGGAGGAGGCUGCCAAGAGGGCUCGCCAGGAAAAGAUUGAGAUGCGGAAGCAGAUCCGAGAGGAACGCCGCCGCGAGGUCGAACAACACGUGGAAACUGUGAACCGAAUGCUACAGGAGUCAGAAGCCGCCGGAGCGAUCGAGCAGGGGUCGGACGACUCUGACGAGUGGGACGGCUUCCCUGAUCAACCCAAUCUCGACAUUGUGGACCACGAGGAAGAGUACAUUGACGAGGAUCGUUACACGACGGUCACCGUCGAGUCUGUAUCGGUGACAAGAGAUGGGCUGCAUAAACCAAAGGUCGACGAAAGCGAGGACGAGGACGACAACAAGGAAGAGGCCAAGGACACACCCGACGGCAAAGCGGCAAAGUCACGACAGGAGAAGCCAAAGAAGAAAAAGAAGAAGUUCCGCUAUGAGUCCAAAUUCGAUAGAGAGUUGACGAACAUCAAGCACAGGAUCAAGAGCAAAAGGAGGGAAUAA